CUGUGACAAAACCGCUACUGGUCAACAAUCGGAGGUGAGAGCCAAAUAGAACAACCCAAAAACAAAAACACUACCCAGAUAGCAAGAAUGAAUUCAAUGAGUUCAUCAAAGCAACAAAAACCAGAGCAAGACUCAGUUCCAAUUCAAAAUAAAGCAAAAAAACAGAAGAAAAUAUCAGUAGUUGGAGGAGAACCAGUCGAGGGAUUAUCAAUCGGAGGCCAUGAAACUUGCAUUAUUUUCCCUUCUUUCAAUCUAGCCUUCGAUAUUGGGCGCUGCCCACAACGUGCCAUCUCCCAAGAUUUCCUCUUCAUCUCCCAUGCCCACAUGGAUCACAUUGGAGGACUGCCUAUGUAUGUUGCUACACGUGGCUUGUAUCGUAUGAAGCCUCCGACAGUUAUUGUGCCAACUUCCAUUAAAGAAACUGUGGAGGAGCUCUUGCAAGUACAUAGAAAGCUAGAUGGAUCAGAACUGAAUGUUAAUCUGAUUGGUUUGGAUGUGGGAGAAGAGUUUUAUAUGAGAAAGGAUCUUAAGGUUAGAGCAUUCAGGACAUACCAUGCGAUACAAAGCCAAGGUUAUGUGGUUUACUCUAUAAAACAUAAGCUUAAGCAGGAAUACCUUGGCCUUUCCGGGAAUGAGAUUAAGAACUUGAAGGCAUCAGGUGUGGAGAUUACUAACAGCGUAACUGCACCAGAAAUUGCUUUUACUGGUGAUACCAUGUCCGACUUCAUAAUUGAUGAAAACAAUAUUGAUGCUUUGAGAGCAAGGAUUCUUGUCAUGGAGAGCACUUUUCUUGACGCCGCGGUGAAAGUGGAGCAUGCAAGAGAUUAUGGACACACCCAUCUAUCCGAGAUAGUUAAUUAUGCAGACAGAUUCGAAAACAAAGCAAUACUCCUGAUUCAUUUUUCAGCUCGUUAUACAGUGGAGGAAAUUGAAGAAGCUGUAUCAAAAUUACCGCCCCCUUUAGAAGGCCGAGUGUCAGCAUUUACUGAAGGAUUCUGAUGAGCUUGAUAAGAAGUGAGGUUUCCCAGUGAGAAAAACAGUAACAUUGAUAAGUGUAAUUGACUCUAGGAAUUAAGGGAGGUCUUAUAUUCUUUGAUCAUGCAUCUUUUUUGAUAUGGUAGUGGUGAUACCAAAUUUCAAAUUAUCUUGAAAUGGGUUUCUGCUGUUACUAGGGUGUGCAAUCGGGGUUUCGGUUGGAUUUGGAAGUUUGAACAGAAUUAGAGUAAAGUUUAAUUUUGUUCA